AUGGUUGCUCCUCUAACCAUCGCUGUGACCGGCACUGCGAUUAUCCCCAAACGAGCUGAACGCGCUCUUCUUGACGUCGAAAUAUCCGCUACUGGUUUCUCCCGCGCUUUCAUAUCUGCAGAAGUCCAACUCUCCUGCCGACGUCUGGAAGAUAUACUUCGCAAAAUAUCUCCUGCAAAUGAUAGCCAGCUUGCACGCGAGUCAGCCACGAUCGCGCACUGGUCAAUGACAUCUCUAAAGACGACAUCGCAUCUACCCACGGACCAAUACGGCACUGUCCUCAAGAACGCUCAAAGAGUAUAUUCGACCUCCGUCUCUUUCGACAUUCGGAUCAGAGACUUCAGCAAACUAGGCACAUUUGCAAGUCAAGUGUCGACGUUACCCUACACCUUGAUCCACAGUGUCAGAUGGGCAUUAACGAGCACUACAAGGCAAGCCUACGAAAGUAAGCUGCGUGCAAUGGCUGCCGAGGAUGCCCUUGAACGAGCAAAGGACUAUGCGAAAGCUCUUGGGCUUACAGCUGUAUGGCCGGUCGAGGUCAAGGAAGCACAAUGGGGCAGUCAUGAUCCUAAUGCUGUUAUGAAGGUCCAGGAGAAAGCAAUGGAUAUGCGUCGACCAGUGUCAGAUUCGGAUCCGGCAUUCGCGGAUCUAUUCUUCGAGCCAGAAGAGGUCACGAUGAGUUCGAGGAUUGACUGCAAAUUCGAAGCGGAGUAA